UAUUUAAACACAGGUGUUUAAUGGCGAUUACAAUUGGAUGCGCGUUCUCCGCUAUUCCGAGUGACACCACCCACAGCAGAAAUGCGACUGUUCAUAUAGACGUAUGACAAUGGGAUCGGACAAUGAAGUUAGCGGGCAAGGCAGUCACUUUGACAACGUCCCAGCUCUGAAGCUUCUGGUCGUAUUUCUCAGCGGAGCGUGACGGAGAGGUAGUCUCGUGCGAUACGUCAUAAGCGCGUGCAGCCAAGCGAGGCACGCGCCACGAUCCACCCGCUCUCACGAUAACUGCUCUCAUUCAUAAACUUAUGAAUGGGCCUCUCAAGCCUAAAUUGAGGCCCCAGUUAAUAUUUUCAUUCAUAAAAUCGUCGUGCCAGGUGCAAAGAGAAAUUCAUUGGUCGGCGGAGUCGGUCACGUGAUCCAUGUGUACACAUUGAGUGAUGGUAAAUGUGAUUUCUCCGAGUGAGACACUCAGAAAGGGUUAGACAAUCGCCGACGACAUAUGCAACCACGACUGACAACGUCUGCAUCUUCAACUACAACACCAGUUUCUAACAUUCCCAAAUACCGAUAUCACCAAGGUACCUGGAUCAAAAGACUAAUUUAAGAAUACCUUUCUUCAAGGACCAUGAACAUAUGCAGUUCCCAGCUUGUGUAGUAGCAUCCACAUAUAACGCGAUGAUCGUGCCAGACUUUACCCCUCUCGGAGCUUCCUUCCCAACGAAUGCGUACCACCGGAUGAUGGUGUCAAUGAUGGAACAAGGAAAUAACUACCGAGGCUUCCUCGGCCGGUCCCCACCCCCAAUCGUGCGGUCCCCACCCCACCUAACCCGCUCCCCACCCCAUCUCCUCUGUUCCCCGUCCGCACUGAUGGGGAGAUCAGAACCGCUGCUGAGGAGACCCGACUACCGUUUGGGUCGAGACUCGGACCUCCACAUCUCAACAUUCACCCCAUCCACUGGCUCCACCCCGAAGAUGGACGUGGCGGUAUCCCCCGACAGCAGUGAGACUGGAUCAUGCCUCUCCCCAUCUUCUGAAAAAUCCCAAAUGUUUAUCUCAAGUGAGGAUGGAGAUAGUGGUACUGUGGAUGGACCUCAGACGGACAAGGAUGGGUUCACAGACAGAAAAGCAUUCAAAUGUCCCCAGUGCUUAUAUUUCACUGACCGGAAGAACAAUCUAAAGCGCCACAUUGUCACAAUGCAUCAAGAAUGUUCCAAAACUUUAGAAUGCUGCGGUGUAAUGUUCCUCAGUAAAGCAGCUCUCAGAGACCACGUUGGCCUCUUCCACCGCGGCGGUUACCGUUGUCAGAUUUGUUCGAGGAACUUUUGCCGAAAGGCUCUUCUUCGACGCCAUCUCACUGUCCAUAGCGGGAGGAAGGACUUCUCCUGCGACUUGUGUGGGUACGCCACCAGCCACAAGAGCAACCUGGAGAGGCAUCAGAAGGUACAUCUUCGCCGUCCCGUGUGCGCCACCACAAGGGAAGAAUGCCCCCUUCUCCCUCCUCUACCGCCGCUGGAGAAACAGAGAGCAUCUCACUACUAUCCGAAAUUCGGUGGCCAUCGUGAAAAGACAAUCAAUCGAUUUGUAUUGUUGCCCAAUAGGAUUAAAUACACACAUCGAGGCACCCCAUCAGCCACCCCUAAAAGAAAACAGUCUCCGGAUGUAACACCGUUGAGUGUUCAAGAUGCGGAGAACAACGCUAUGCAGGAUGAGGACGUUAAUAUCGAUAUAGAUUUACCGAUUUACAAAGAAGACGCGAGCCAAGGAACAAGUUUUAAGCCUGGUACUGUGAUAAGGCAAGAUUCCGACGUUGAAAACAUGCAGACCGAAGUGUAUAGCUGUUCUCAAGAAAAAACUAAGAACACUUCUUCCAAGUUAUCGCUCCUCUCGUCAAGGAGCCGGAUCUUUGUGACGCCAUACAAGUGCUUUGAGUGUGGUAUGACAUUUUCAAAACAGGGCGACCUCCAUGCUCAUAAAUGCCGAACUCAGCGACAGACCUCAGAUACUGGUCUGUCUGUGAUAACAGCGGUCAGGAAAGGUCAAAUCAAGCUUCUAUCACAGAUGGAAUCGGAUAUGAAACCCCGGAUUUGUGAUGUUGUACACAGUGAGUCCCAGAGCUGUACAAAAUAGCUGCUUGUACACGCGUCCAACAUAUACCACUCAAAAGAAGUUAAGGAACACUCGAUCCAUGAGUGGUUAACUGCAGUAAUAUGAAUAAAUCGGGUGUUCUUUAACUUCUUUUGAACUGUAUACAUUCUUUAGUGCUACACAGUGUUAGAUGUAGGUUACGGUAAGAUGCUUGUUUCACUUAUUGACAAUGCUGAAGAGGGAUGCUGAAACGUUAUAUCCCACAAUGCAUCAUGCUGGCGUUUCAGAAUCGCGGUGCUUGAUGCUUUCAGGUAAUAUCGCCAUUACAAAUGUUAUAUUUUUUUCAUUGUUUAUUUUGUACUAUUAAAUCUUUAAAUGAG